UCACGUGAUAUCCGCCUCGCAUAACAAGUCUGCGCAGAAAUAAGAGGACAUUGUAUAGAACGUCCUCAGUCAGAGAAGAGGCGGAGUUCAAGACGACAUGUGGUUAGUCAUGUUCGGUAAUAUCUACAUUGUUUGAAAAUGGCAGACGAGAUAGAAUUUACAGAGGAGGAGAAUCCUUUUAAACUGUGCGUGCUUUGUGCAACUGAUUUAAAGGACAAAUCUCCAAAAUUACUUCCAUGUCUGCACACUUUGUGCAACGCUUGUUAUCAGACGCUCUUUCAAGUUUUAAAACCUGAAGACCCAAAGCUCGAGGUCUCGAAAGAUGAAUCUGAGACAGAAAAGGAAAAUGGCGAUAAAACAGAAACAUCCGGAGGGGGAAGCGGUGAUCAUACGUCGAUAGACAGUCCGUUAGUUUUAGUGGAUCUUGAAAAACCGGCGACCGGUGACAAGACCAAAAAAGAUGGUGAAAAAAGUGAAGACAGUUUCUCUGUGUCCUGUCCAGCAUGCAGUAUUGCUGUUGAUAAGGCGCUGGUGAUUGACAAUCUGUUUGUGAAUGUUGAUGCAGACACACCAAUAGUAAUAGAUGAGGAUGAAGAGGAAAAGGAAGAAGUUCACAAAUGUACAGCAUGUGAUGAGAACGACGAAGCAUCAUCUUUCUGCCUAGAUUGUCGCGAGUGGUUGUGUGAUCAGUGUGUUUUCGCACACAAACGUGUAAGAAUCACCAAAGAUCACUCAAUCUCACCGAAAGGUGAACUUAAAAAAGAUGACGAACCUCCAGUUACAAAAGGACAGAAGAGCAUGUUUUGUCGUACACAUAAACAUGAACCUCUAAAAUUAUUUUGUGAAACAUGUGAUAGGUUGACGUGUCGAGAUUGUCAGCUUUUAGAACACAAAGAUCAUAGGUAUCAGUUUAUGAAUGAGGCCAUUACGAAACAGCGAGAAAUUCUCCAACAUGUGGUCGUUAAAGUGAAACAAAAGUUACAAAAUUACAACCAGGCUGACAAAAUACUCCAAGCCAAAAACCAAGAAUUAAAAACAAAGUUGGAAGACGUUUGUGACAACAUAAGAAAUGUGACUGAUACACUUGUGAAUGAAAUAAAAUCACAUUCUGACAAACUAGUUACUCAUCUAGAGAAGUACAUAAGCAGUAAAACUUGUGUGAUAUCAGACAAACAGAGGUUAGUGAACGACGCUGUGUUUCGAAUGAGACAUUCUGUACAGUUUGUGGAAAAUGCUCUAACAUUGGGUGACGACCUGUCAAUUCUCUACACUAAGGGCUCUAUGAUGAAAGUUCUGGACCAAUUGUCACGUACUGGCAUUCCAUUUCACCCAAGCAUUCUUAACUACGCUAUCACAUUUGAACAUGAAAAGGACUUCCUCCUGAAAAACAUUAUUAAAGUGGGUCAUUUGGUAAUUGAUGGUACUAAUUAUCCAAAUGCGUGGCUAGGGGGUCAUGUGACAUCACAAGCCUCCCCAGUUGCUCUGCCUAGUGCCCCUUUUCAGACCACCCCUCACUCCCAUGCCCCCAACAUGACAGUACCUCAUCGUCCCCCUAUCCCAGGCUUUGAGAGUGUUGCAGCUAGAGUUCCUCCGAAUAUAUACAACCAUAUUAAGAACCAAGUUAAGAAUUAUCCACCAGAGAAACAGCGGGAGAUGUUUCAGAAAAUGGUUGAACAGUACCAGCUUCGACAACAGCAGAAAGCAAUUCAGCAGUUUAGACAGCAGCAACAGUUACAGCAGCAGCAUCCACCACCUCCGGGAAUCUAUGGGGGAAUACUCAGUGGCUCCAACUACCAAGCAGGGCAGGUGCCUGUCAUAGAGGCCACGCGAAACCUCAACAAUAUCACGAAUGGUGGCAUGCCAGCACGUGCUCAGAUGUCGGGUGCAUCUAGUAGGUUCCCAGCCAGUGGCGCGAUACACAAUUUGGCAAAUAUGGGUGGAACAUACUAUAACACUGCAGCUCCGAGUCGGCCCCCUGCUCCUGCCGGAAAUCGCAAUCAACCACCACCAUCUUACAACAGGCCCAUGCUUCCCCAAGGUAUGAAUGCAUAUGCCAUGCAGCAGCAAAACUUACCAAAGCGUAGCACUGCCCCUGACCUGUCUGGAUCGGGUGGUUACAGUGCACCGCGAUCGGGCAUGUGUCAGGAGGCAUCAGGUCCAACGCAGGGCGGGUACCGCCAGAGGCCGCAAAUGUCAACCGAGGGGCAGCACCAGCCAUGUAGCCCCACCGCUGGGUGGCAAACAACUAUAUGUGAUCUUACCAAUAAAUAUCUGCCCUCCACGCAAUCAGGCCCCAAAACAUUUGAGCAAACAAGAUCCCCAGGUGCCCAAGCUGCCUCUCACGCUAACCAGACACCAAGUCCAGCAGGGGCUGGGUUUGACCAGUCAGGAGGUGCAAGUCAAGGUGGGACGAGAGUCACUCCCGACCUACCUCUAGCUACAAGUAGUGCUGAUUCUGGACAGGCUGUGGGAUCAGUCACAGCCAAUAGUCAUGUAAAACUAGAGUUUACAGAUUUUCCUCCUUGUUCCUUCUCACAAAUACAAGCACAGUCUGUAGCACCAGUCCCUUUACCUUCCCAGCCACCCCCUCCCCUUGUACACAUGAAACCUCCUGUAGCACCUGUGGGGGGAGGCAAGACGAUGCCAGUUCCCAUCAACAACGACCCCAACGAAGACUACUGUGCCGUGUGUCAGAACGGUGGUGACUUGUUGUGUUGCGACAAGUGUCCGAAGGUUUUCCAUAUUAGGUGUCAUGUCCCUGAGCUCAACGCUUACCCAAGGUACGUCCAUGGAGAGUGGAGCUGUAGCUUGUGUGCAAAAGAUGACGACUUGUGUCUCGCCCAGAAGGAAAACAAGGAGUUCACCAUUGUUCCAGGGACCGGCAAGAGAAAGGCGCCAACGGGGCUCACUGACAACGAAAUCAAGGCGUGCGAACGAAUACUUCUGGAGCUCUUUUGUCAUCAAAAGAGCACUGUGUUUCACGAACCUGUCAGCAAAGCGGUGCCAAACUACUACAAGAUCAUCACCAACCCUAUAGACUUUGGUAAAAUCAAAUGUAAACUGCAGCGACAGAACUUCAACCACUACAAUGUUGUGGACGACUUUAUCGCGGACAUGCUGCUGGUUUUCAGGAACUGCAGAACUUACAAUGAUGUAAGUUCUACGACCCAAGUACAUAACAUCAAAGCAACCUCUGAGAUCUGGAAACAUGGUAAGAUGGUUGAAGAGGAGUUUGAGAAUCUGGUCCAUCGCUUCCUGCCCUGCUAUGUGGAUGUCCUGGAUGAAGAGCGGGAUCGACCUGUGAUGUCAACCUCCCCACAAGAUCCCGCUGCCAAAAAGAAGCGAUCAGAGGAUCCUGCUGUUCAUUUCUCAUAAGCCAUAAAACUAUCGGCACACCAGUAGGAUAUUGUCACGACAGUUGACUAUUGAAUGCAGUUCAUUCAGGCUUCAUGGGGCAGGUUGACUGACGGUUUCAGUGAUAAGCAGAGAAAUGAACUCGUUCAGUGCUAAGUCAGUGGGAACAUGUAUUUUGUAUUAAAUUGUUGCAGGCCAGUUAGGAAUGUAUGUAGAAAUUUAAAACCACAUACAAUUUAUGCCAACAAUUUCAUUGGAAUCUCCACUUUUUCCAGGAUUAAGAAGUUUUCAGAAUAUUGUGCUAUGCUAUAUUGUGUGAUUACGGGAGACAGCAUAUAACGAUAUGUUGGAGGUUUCUACUGUAUGAGAGGAAAUUACAUCCUGGAGACUUGCGUUAAAGCAUAGCAACUUUGUUAUAACCCGACAAUAAAUAUCUGGGUUGUUUCUCCAUCUGUCCCUUUGUCUGCCUGUCUGCAUUUAUACCAAUUUGUCUGAAAUACCAUACUGCUUUAAUUAAACAUGGGCUAAAACUGCCUUUUUCCAGUCUACUAUUAAAAUAUAUGAUUGGGUUCAAACAGACUCUUUCAGCCUGUAUGCAGCCUGUAAUACAAAAUUCUAUAACCUCUAUCUUGUAAGACCUAUGGCUGUCGACAUCAGUGUCUUACAUCCUACAUUAUUUUAAACUGCCAUUUAAUUUUACACAUUUCUGAUAUGCAUGAUAAAAUAUUAAUAUUUUCCAAAUUUAAGAAUGGCUAUUAUUAUGGUAUUGGAGUCAUGUAAAGGAUAUUACACAGCCUUUUAAGAACAUAUUUUCUUUUUACAUUUCGUCAGGAUCUGAUUUGCUUUCAUGUGACUAUAUAUGGAAGCUUAUGUAGAUGUAUCGGUAGUUAUUUAUUUUGUAGUUUAGUCAGUGUUGGUUUCACAAAUAAGAUAUUGGGACCAAAAACCUGACUUGUCAUGUACUGUUUUACCUCUUAGAUUAUGUUCAGUAAAUACCUGAUGCGAUAGAAUUAUGAACAGAUUAUAUUGAAUGAGUUUUAUUGAGACAUACGCAAUAGCACGAAUGUACUAACCAUAAUUAUACCACAUUUGUUGUGUUGUGCAAGAUGAUCUUGAUGCAUUUUCUUACUUUUACCAUAUGAUAUUGGCAUUUGUCAACAUGCAAAGGAAGUUAUAGUAAUAUUAUAUAUCGGGAUAGGCUUUUGGUCUGUUUUUGGUCAGUUUGUAAACAUGGUUUAUAAUUAACUCAGGUUAAUCUCAGGACUUUCAGUUGAAUCUGGACUUUUAAAAACCUCAAACAUUUUCCUGAAAUUUGGAGGGUUAAAACAUGUCAAAUGAAAUUUUUCAUUUCAAACCCAAGAUCAAAGCUCAUUUAAAGGGAGUCAAACGUGUACAUGCAAAGUCAUUUGAAAGUCCUGAAUCUAAGUGUCAUGUGUUCAUUUUCUAGGUUUUCAUAUGAGUGAGUUAAAAAGAAAUUUGAUAUAACAAAUCCUGAUUUUUACUUAACUUUAUGCAUCUGCUGUGUGACCCACAUAUCUGUGUGAUCAGUUGUGAUGAAAUGUAAACAAUGAACCAGAUUGUAAAUUUUAUGAACUAUUCUUGUUGAAUGUAAUAUGUUUAUACAACACUUUAUGAUUAAGUGUAGUGAUGUUGACUAAAAAUUGCCGAAAUGACCCACUGCUCUCAAAUUCCAGGAUUUUCCCUGAAGUGCCAUGUAAUUUUAACACCAUGAUCAGUGUUUUUAAAUAAGAUACAACAGGUGGCUAAGUGAUUGUCAAAAACCUAUUUUUUUGCCUACUAUUAUUGAGAUUUUGCUUAUACAUUUGUAUAAAAAAAACUUGAUCUUCUUCAAUGACCAUUUAUUUGUUAUUAUGUUUGCAUAAAAAUUGACUAAAAAAUCAAAAUGUUCAUAGAAGUUUUCUAUUUUUGGCAACAUAUUUCAUAGUCUAAGAAAUGUUGUUGGGUCUCAUGGUUUGCCAGUCUGUUCUAUGUACAAAAUGUAUAAAGAUUAUCAAUGGGAGAUGAGAUUAAUCUAAGCGAAAUUUGGUUAGAGUUUAAAUAAUGAUGUGUGUAUACAAUGUGUAUGCCUGUCGGAAUUAAUAGUGCUAGCUCAGAUGUCGCAGAGUUUGGACAGUAAAAGAAUGUGAGACAAAUCUUAUUUAUAAACUAAUAUAAGUUAUAGAGUGAUUUUGAUUGCCAGUCCAAACUUUUUUUAAUAUAGCUUAUCUCAUGGAAGGACAAUCUGAUCUGUCCUGUUAGUUAACUUUAUUAUAAUGUAAUUUGUCUGCAUACAUAUUAAAUAAUGUUUUUAAUAUUUCAUGAACAAGGUUAAUAGAUCAUUGGGAGUGGAUAUAUAGCAUUGGUGAAAUCUUAAAAACCACAUUGAUUUAACUUCAUUUUGUCAGUAAAAAGUAAAAAAAUGAUUUAACUUCAUUUGGUUAAAAAAAAAAAAAAAAAUGAUUUAACUUCAUUUGGUCAGUAAAAAAUAAAAAAAGAAUGCCUUGUGAUAUAUAUGCAGGGUUGUGUACCUUAGUGGUACAACCAUUGAAACCAGUCUGCAUGGCACAUCAUACUUUAUUUUAAAGGACUACCAUCAAUGUAUUCCAUACUGCAAAGAUGCAUGUACAACCACAUACAUGUACGAUAUUUGACACACAAGGUUGUUGAUGGAAACAUACUUAUUAAGGAUAUUUUUCCCCACAUAGAAUAUGGGUACAACUGUAUACUUGGAAUCUUUGACAAAGAAAAUUAUUUGCCCUUUAUCUGUGAAUCCAAUUUUCCAGUGUGACUUUGACAUUCACGGUGUCAGUGGAAAUGUAUGAUAAUAUAAAGACAUGUUCUAUUAUUCCUUGUUAAGAUUAAGAUGGAAAGGGAAAGAGAGAAAAUUCAGUUAAAAUGAAUAUUUUUUCCAGUAGAAUAAAAUUUGUUUGGCAAUAUGUAUCCUCAAUAAUCAAAUGUGUGCAAGGAAAAUUGUCUUACCAUUAUAGAAAUGAUGCAUCUGUUCAUAUGAAUUUAUGAAAUGUAUAAAGGAAUAACAAAAAUAACCCUGUGAUGUAUGAACUAUUUCAUUAUGUGUUCUGUAUUAGAUGAAUAGUGAUAGUGUAUGGCUGUGUGUUGAUGCUGUCGCUGUAGAUUUAUGUAACUGUGUUCGUGAUGUAUGUGUAUUGAUGCUGUCGUACCAACCGUGACUCGUAUUGAUGCUGUCGUACCAACCGUGACGUUGAAUGUCCAUUGAUGUUGAUGUAUGGCGUUCUGAAGGCAUUUACAUAAUUUCUGUGGACAAUUGUGUAGUACAAGAUUAAAAUGUUCAAUGUGUUCUGUAAAUAUUGCAAUGUGAAGGGGAAAAUGUUGUGACAAAUUAGCAAAUCUUAAUGAAUUAUUUUGAUACUUAGCUCAUGCAAUUGCAUGUUCCAUGACUCAUGAUUGAUAAAAAAGUCAAAAGAUUA